UCAUUGUUAUUUAUUAAAUUGUUUUAUUUAUAAAAUAUCUAUUUAAAUGAGUAGAAUAUUAGUAAGUGUAUUACGAACUGCCAUUGGCAGACAACUCCGAUACGAAUGUCCAAACACUGUGCCAUCUUUUUAUCAUUUACGUCCUCUGAGAGUUUCGGUGGAAUUCUGCACAAAAAUCGGUGACGGAGCUCCUGCUAAGGCUCCAAAAAAGAAGACCAAAGAAAUACCCAAAAUCACAUUACUUCAACAAAAUGAUGCCAUGAGUGUGACCACUUUGGAAGAAGCUAAUAAAUUAGCCCGGCGCAGAGACUUGCAAUUAGUUAAGGUGCAAGAUCUUGACCCAAAGUCAAACCGGCCUGUUUAUAGAUUGGCAACAAAAGCUGAACUUUUGGCUGACGAAGACUUGGACGAAUCAAAAUCAGACAAAACGACCUCCUCCUCAUCCCAAAAAAAACCCACAGUUAAAUCCCUUACUGUUGGAUCUAGGAUAAGCGACAACGAUUUAACCUCAAGAACUAAAAACAUCAGUAAAUGGCUUAGCAAAGGCUGUGAAGUUCGUGUUCUCAUUCAAGGCAAUGAUGCAAAAAGUACAGAAUUGGUCUUCCAAAAAAUCGAAACAAGUAUCAAGGAACCCCAAGUAAUUGGAAAGAUCACUCAAAAAAGAUCAAAAGAUGGCUUCAUUAAAUUCAAUAUCUAUCCGGUUCCAGUAGAGAAGAAAGACUCGAAUGAUAACCAAAAAGCAUGACUAGAAAAAGCUAAUGCUAACAAAGUGUUGGCUGCCUUGGUCCUUUGUCUGAUUGUUAAAUAUUUAAUUUGGAGCCAAAUUCUUGUGCAAACGAUGUUUGAGCAAGUUUUG